AUGCGACUGCUGAUAUUACGCUGCGAAUACGUGCUCGCACUCCUCACAUCUUCUUUCAUCCAAACUCAAGCUCAAGAGCGGUCAAUACCUGGAAGACGGUUUUACAAGUCCGACCAUCUACCAACAUACAGUAGACAUACACCAUAUCAAGAAGAGGAUCAAUUUCCUCAACCGGUAUUCGGUAUAGCACAUGGACAACCAUAUAAUGAUGUGAAAAAGGAUCACGAAAAGGAACCUACUCGACCGUAUGUGCGACAAAAACAUAUCCGCGACGAUUCGUCAAAUCACGAUGAAACCGAUAACGAGGCCAAUUUUCCGCCAGAAUUCGCGGGAGACAUCAAACGAAACAUGGAAGGUUUGAUCCCGAGGAAACACCGGAAUAAGAUGAAACAAUUGUCGAGUUUGGUGAAGCCGGAGUAUCCGGAUGCAUCAGGCAGUGCGGAGGCAGCUGCUACACCACCGGAAGUACUGCCUGAGUGGGGAGAAGAUAGCAAAGACUCUGGCUCACUAGUGCUGCCUGGUGAUGAAGAACACCAAACGACACCGCAACGGAGGUACCACAGCGAUGAGGAACAACCGCACAGACGAAAACGACCAAAACAGACCACGUCCUCGGAGGAAACGAACUAUAAAAUGGUUUAUCAACGGCCACGUGAGCAGCGACCUCGCCAUCCAUAUUCCCCAAACGAACGAGAGACGAGCGAACAUGGCGAUGGUUCAGAUUUCAAACAUACGGCUGGGAAACAUUACGAGGAUUCUGGAGAGAUGAGUAGAAACAAACAAUCGAGCGAAGAACGACCGAAAAGCAGACAUAGAACGAGAGCUGGACGCCCUCGUGAACAAAAAGUGCAUGGAAAAAUCGUCGGAGUAGAUAUGCAAAUGAUAGCCGGAAUGUAUUCACCGCAAUCAAGUGCGCAAAAUCAUAAACGACGAUUUGUAGGACGAUUCUCCCCUUUGAGUGGUCCAUAUCCGGGACGAGGAGAUGACGAAAAGCCCAGAAAUUCACAUACUGGACAGAAAUAUGAGAACGAAUAUGAGUCAAGAGAAGAAACUUCUCCAAAGUUAAAUCGUUCCCUGGGGAAAAAGCACAAGAAGAAAAAACACAAGGAUAGGAGAGAGGAGUCCACUGAGAACGCCGGAACAGUUUAUCCGUCUGUACGACAUGUCCACUACGGUCCCUUCGAUGCGUAUUUUCUACGACAAAAACCAAAAGAGGAGCAGGUUUCCGAGGAAAAUUCCGGCCGGAUUCCUAUGGACAGUCAACAAACUCCAGCUAAGUUCAAUGAACUUGAGAGCAGAAGAACAAGCGCACUCAAUAAUCCCUCAUCAAUGGCUCAUGGACAACAUCCGGUCCACGAUGGAAUUCACGAGAAAGGACCUCGUGAUAAUGUUGAAGAACGGUCUGGUAACAAGUCAAGUAUGGAAGACGAAGGUCGGUCUUCUGAGUCUGUCAAACCACGAGCAACGACACCUUUGCACCCAGCAGAAGAUAACACAACGAAGGAUCGAAAUAAAUAUGAAUCUACGGAUGAGGUGGGGCGUGAGAAUAAAGAGGAAAGUCUAGAAGAGAAAAAAGCAGAGGAACCUCCGAGGGAUUUAAGCGUUGACGGCGAAGGCCACGACCACCAACGGAUAGUCGACCAGAGAAGGCCAUUAGCGUAUGAAAAUGAGAAAGAAGGUGAACGUACUACUUCAAGACCGCACCGCUGCUCAUACUGUAUACUAAAAGAUGCUACCGAAGAACCGCAAAUCGAUGAAGUAACCAUCGCAUCACAUUCUGAACCCUCUCCUGAAUUUCAUAUGCAUUCAUCAUCCUUAGCUCCAUCGUCCUCAUCAAAUUUUCGUGAUCUAUGGCAAAACGAUAGUGUGGGUUCUGGAAAUGGCACACGGCCACGAGAUCACACACCAUCGCUUGCGACUACGGUAACUUCACCAACGUCGACCAUACCUUCGAUUCCUGAUUCUUCCACAUCGCCCUUCUCAUCAUCGUCUAUUAGAAAAAUUGACGAAAAAGAUCUGCAAAAACUACUUGGCCUCGAUUUGCAACAUGCUCGAGGAAUUAAGCUCUGGGAAGACGAGGACAAGUCUAACACAGAGAAAUUCCAUUGGCAUCCGAACCGCUAUGGUGAUCACCCAAAAUUCAAACAACACACAUCGAAUCCUUGGAGGGACAAUUUUCGCAUAAAGAAUGACGAUAUUCAUUUCCACUAUGAAAAUUUCAGGAACAUACCAGAAAAAGAAAAAUUGUUGAAAGAGGGAUUACCAACUGAUGUGAGGGACCUUGUAGACUACAUGGCCUUCUUGAUGUACCAGCAAGCAAAGGAGACCAUCUCUUCCCAUUUCCCCAUGUUUCCCAAUCCAUUCAGAAAACAGGCAUUACCUAGGAUCCCGUUUCCCCACAUUGACCUUACUAGAUAA